AUGGAGAUAAUUACUAAACCAUAUUUUGAUAAGAAUCUCCAAGUUGCGUUAACCAAACAGAUUCCAUCAAGAUAAUCAUUUUCUCCUACGAUUCAACUAACAAAAACUGAAUAUAAUGCACUUGGUCACUCCUCUUCAACCCAUAUAAGUGAAGUUUAAAAUGUAAAUUUGGCAGCCGUUCUAGUAAUCUUAAAUUAGAUUUUAAUUUGGCCAAUUUUUAAAGAAGCAAAGUAUUCUUAGACAUCAGUUAUAGAUUUCUUGAGAGAAGUGUUUUUCAGCAGACAUCUCCAUAUCAAUUACAAUAUAAAAUUGAAUUUCAAGAGCAAAACGACUAUUUUAAAACUAAAUUCUGUGAUCACUUAAAUCUAACUUAGAAUUCUUUAAAAAUUGUUCACAAGUGACCUUAAAAAUCCUUUGACACAAAAAUUAUUAAAUCCUCCAAAAUGGCCUCCCCUUUCAUCUGAUAAAAUUAAAACUCUAAUUUUUGAACUUGAUGAAACAUUAAUCCUACAGAUUAUAUGA